AUGGGAGGAAGUUCAUGUUCUGCUUAUAACAUUGCUGAGAAAGCAUGUAAGGACUUAAUGAAUCAACCUUGUCAUAUUGAUAUAGUGAUGGAUAGACAAACUUCCGAACAAAUUUCAAAUAACCGAUUAAGAUUGAAGGUCACAAUUGAUACGGUCCGAUGGCUUACUUAUCAAGCUUGUGCUUUUAGAGGGCAUGAUGAAUCCCUUCAAUCGAGUAAUCGAGGCAAUUUCAUUGAAAUGGUAAAGGCUUUUGCGUCAUAUAAUGAUGAUGUCGCUAAAAUUGUUCUUGAAAAUGCUCCAAAGAAUGCCAACAUUGGAGCUUCUUGUAAACAAACUGAUGCACUACAUUCUGCUCAAGUUAUGGAAAUUGCCCAUUUGAUAGAUCUUAAUGAACUUGAAAUCGGCCGAGUAGCUAAUCAGAUUGGUACCUUGCAACGACCUAGAGAUACUCAUUGGAGCUCCCAUUUUGAUUUUGUUUGUAGUUUGAUAAGGUUAUUUGGUCCACCAACAUGUUCAGUUCUUGAAAACAUCAUUGAAGAUGAAAGUAAUUACAAGAGUCGGGGAGCUGCUGAUACUGCUUUUAAUACUUUUAGAUCAUUUCAGUUUGUGUUUAUUUUGCAUUUGAUAAAAGAUAUCAUGGGAAUAACUAAUAUCCUUUGUCAAGCUUUGCAACAAAAAUCUCAAGACAUCGUAAAUGUUCUGCAAUUGGUUUCGAGUACAAAACAAAUCAUUCUGAAAUUGAGAGAAAAUGGUUGGAACAACUUACUUGAUACUGUUAAAUCGUUUUGUGAGCGCCACAACAUUGAUGUGCUUGAUUUGAGUGUUCCUUAUACUAAUAAAAAUUAA